UCUCUCGUCCAUUUAUUCCUUCCUUUCUCUUUAUCGGAGGGAAGGAGGGGAGGCCAUGUGAGAGUGAGUGCGGCGUAUCGUGCAAGCAACCGAGCCGGGCGAGGGAGGGAAGGGGGCGGGCAGGGGGAGAGAAAGAGAGGCAAAGACGGAUAGAGGAAGGACAAGGAGGGAAGGAGGAUCCAUGGCGGCCUCUUCCUCGAGGGCGAGGAGCAGCUCUCCUUUCGGAUCCAGGAAGCCUUCCUACUCCUACUCGUCGUCGUCCUCCUCCUCCUCAUCGCUCAUGAACGGGAGGCUCAUUCCUCGGUCCUGCGCCACCUCCGCCAACUCUCACUUCUUCGGCGGCAGAUCCGUUACGCCCAGCCGGGGAGAAGCGUACGUACCCACCCCGCCGCCCGUGGGGUUCAUUUCGCCAUCGGACGCCCUCGUUGCCGAGCCGCUGGAGGCGGCGAAGUCGGGCGAUAGCAUAGCGGUGACGGUGAGGUUUCGGCCUCUGAGCGAGCGGGAGUUUCAGCGGGGGGAUGAGGUCGCUUGGUUCGCCGAUGGAGAUAAGAUCGUGCGGAAUGAGUAUAAUCCGGCGACUGCUUAUGCUUUUGAUAAAGUGUUUGGACCUUCAACGAAUUCUAAGGAAGUUUAUGAUGUAGCUGCUAGGCCAGUGGUUAAGGCUGCUAUGGAAGGUGUAAAUGGGACAGUGUUUGCCUAUGGUGUCACAAGUAGUGGAAAGACACACACAAUGCAUGGUGACCAAAACUCUCCAGGAAUUAUACCGCUGGCAAUCAAGGAUGUCUUUAGUAUUAUCCAAGAUACACCAGGAAGAGAGUUUUUGCUUCGGGUUUCGUAUCUUGAAAUAUAUAAUGAGGUUAUCAAUGACUUACUUGAUCCUACGGGGCAAAACUUAAGGGUCAGAGAGGAUGCUCAGGGUACGUAUGUUGAAGGAAUAAAAGAGGAAGUUGUUUUAUCUCCCGGUCAUGUGCUUUCCUUCAUUGCUGCUGGUGAAGAGCACCGCCAUGUGGGUUCAAACAAUUUUAACUUACUGAGUAGCCGGAGUCACACGAUUUUUACUCUGAUGAUUGAGAGUAGUGCCCAUGGUGAUGAGUAUGAUGGCGUUAUUUUCUCUCAGCUUAAUUUGAUUGAUUUAGCUGGUUCUGAGAGCUCCAAGACAGAGACAACAGGACUCCGCAGAAAGGAAGGAUCCUACAUAAACAAAAGUUUGUUGACACUUGGGACGGUAAUUGGAAAACUUAGCGAGGGAAAGGCUUCCCACAUUCCUUAUCGUGAUUCCAAGCUUACACGUCUUCUACAGUCAUCUCUGAGUGGCCAUGGGCAUGUGUCGCUCAUUUGCACUGUUACCCCUGCAUCAAGUAACAUGGAGGAGACACAUAAUACCCUGAAAUUUGCUAGCAGGGCAAAAAGGGUUGAAAUUUAUGCUUCUCGAAAUCGGAUCAUCGAUGAGAAGUCACUUAUUAAGAAAUACCAAAAAGAAAUUUCUUCUCUUAAGACAGAACUUGAGCAGCUUCGAAGGGGCAUGCUUGUUGGUGUUAGUCAUGAUGAGAUAUUGAGCUUGAGACAACAGUUGGAAGAGGGUCAAGUUAAGAUGCAGUCACGUUUGGAGGAGGAAGAGGAGGCUAAAGCAGCUCUGAUGAGCAGGAUUCAACGUCUAACAAAACUUAUUCUUGUUUCAACUAAAAACUCAAUUCCAGGCCUAAGUGAUACUUCUGGACACCAACGCCGUCACUCUUUUGGAGAAGAUGAUAAGCUGGAUGUGUUACGUGAAAAUGCUCCAUUACUUCUUGAAGGUGACAUCUCCCAAAAGGACUUGCCAUCUUCAGGUGCUUUUGGUCUUCCUGAUCCAGUUGGUGAGUUCAAGAAUCGGCGAUCUUUAAGCAGGUGGAAUGAUGAUCAGUUAUCUAUUGCCAGUUCAAUUACUGAAUCAAAUCAAGCUGGUGAAAUUUUUAGUGGAUCUGUCAAUGGUUCCAGACCUUCAGCUUCGAUGUCUACUGCCGAUCAGAUGGAUUUGCUGGUUGAACAAGUCAAGAUGCUUGCUGGGGAGGUUGCACUCAGUACGAGUACCCUGAAGCGUUUGGUUGAGCAAUCUGUCAAUGAUCCAGAUGGUGCCCAGAUUCAGUCACAAAUACAAAAGUUGGAGGGGGAAAUCCAGGAGAAACGACGUCAAAUGAGGAUCCUUGAGCAGCGCAUCACCGAAAGUAGUGAAGCUUCAAUGGCAAAUGCAUCACUUGUGGACUUGCAGCAGACGGUCACCAGAUUGAUGACUCAGUGCAAUGAAAAGGCCUUUGAGUUGGAGAUUAAAUCAGCUGAUAAUCGUGUUCUCCAGGAGCAACUUCUUCAAAAGUGUUCAGAGAACAAUGAUCUGCAAGAAAAAGUUGUUCGUCUACAGAAGGAGCUGGAUGCGGCAUUGGACGGUAGAGCAUCAUUAUCCACUGAACGAGGUUCCGCAGAGUCAUCUGUGGAGGAUCUCAAGAAGCAACUUCAAGUUCAGGAAAUUGAGCUUGAUAAGUUGAAGGAAGAAAAGAUGCAGCUAAUUGAGAAAACCAAUGCUUUGCAUGCUCAAAAUCAGAAACUUGGAGAGGAAGCAUCAUAUGCAAAGGAACUAGCAUCUUCUGCUGCUGUUGAGUUAAAAAAUCUUGCUGGUGAAGUCACUAAGCUUUCUUUACUGAACGCUAGACAGGCAAAAGAACUUCUUGCUGCUCAAGAUAUGGCAUACUCUAGGGGAUCGAACAUCCAAACCUGUAAUGGUGGCUUCCGGAAAUAUUCUGAGAGCAAGAUAGAUGGAAAUAAAAAUGGGCGAAGAGGCAGGUUGAGUUACAGGGGCAAUGAAAAUCAAAACUUUGCCUUUGAUGAUGUAGAUUACUGGAACCUUGACGUUGAUGAUAUGAAGAAAGAAUUGCAAGCGAGGAAACAGAGGGAAGCUGCUCUUGAGGCAGCUUUGGCUGAAAGAGAGGGUGCAGAAGAAGAGUACAGAAGAAAAUAUGAUGAAGCUAAAAAGAGAGAAGCAGAGUUAGAAAAUGAGCUUGCUGGCAUGUGGGUACUUGUUGCUAAGCUUAAAAGGGAUGGAGCAGUCACUUCUGAACUAAGUGGUCAGAGAACCAAUCACGGAGUGGACUUUGACGUGGAUCUGAAAGCACAUGACAGAGAGACAAAUGACCAUGUUGUUAAAGAGACUCACCGAUUGGAUGAGACAAUAAAACCACUUGUGGAUGAAAGAAAUAGAGGUGCUGAAUUAGAAGCUCUUGUUGCUCGCUUGAAGGCUCGGGUGCAAGAAAAGGUGAAAGAGAAAAUUGAAGUGAAAGAUGAAGUUGUUGAUGGCAGAGACACUAACUCUCAUGUUUGUAAAGUUUGUUUUGAAGCCCCAACUGCUGCAAUCCUUCUCCCUUGCCGCCAUUUUUGUUUGUGUAAGCCUUGCUCCCUUGCCUGUUUGGAGUGUCCUCUUUGCCGAACAAAGAUAGAUGACAGAAUCAUUGCAUUCACUUCAUAGACAUCCCAUUUUUGCCAUGCCUUCAGCUAAGGGGGCAAUUCUGGUUCAAGGUGAAAAAGAUACGUAUUCGCUUGUAAGUUUAUGUGUAGAUGUUAUUCUUUUAUUUGUCCUGUGUAAGUAAUUGCUUGUUUUAUACACACCUCCGGAAGGAUGUAGCCUUUGGUGUGAAAAGCGAAAGAAUUCACCCAAGUUGGUGCUUCCUAUUUUGUAAUAGAGGAAAAUGUUUGUACUUGUUUCUUUUUUAGAGUCCAGCUGUUGUGUAUAAAGAAAAGGAUAUAAUAGUUGCUCGAUUUAUCAAUUCAAUAUUCUAUCAGCUGGCUUUUUAUUAGUCCGAGCUGAUUUAAACCAA